UAGCUGUAAUGAUUAUUUGGUAAUUUUUGUGGUGCAAAACAAUAAAAAUGUUAAGUGUAGCUGAAAGGUCAUUGUGACAUAUGCAAAAGUUUCGGGAUUUAGCAGAAGUCUCUCCUCAAAAACCCAAGGGGCGCAGCCAUCGGCGAGAGAAAUAAAACCUCGCCUGUCAUCUUUCCUUGCACAUCAAUCCGUAGGCAGACCUAAAGGAAUUUUGGGGAAUUGAUGGCGUCAAAGAUUCAACAACUGCAAUCUCAGGCAUGCCAAACUUCAAAAUUUGUUGCCAAGCAUGGUACUGCCUACUACAAACAGUUGCUAGAGCAGAACAAGCAGUACAUUGUGGAGCCACCCACUGUUGAAAAGUGCAACGAGUUGUCCAAGCAGUUACUCUACACUCGCCUUGCAAGCAUUCCUGGCCGUUAUGAGGCAUUUUGGAAGGAGCUUGAUUCUGUGAAGCAAAUGUGGAAGAAUAGAAAGGAGUUGAAGGUUGAAGAUGCUGGAAUUGCAACGUUGUUUGGUUUGGAGUGUUUUGCAUGGUAUUGUGCUGGUGAGAUAAUAGGAAGAGGGUUUACAUUCACUGGUUACUAUCCUUGAAAUAUCAAUCCUUAUGAAAAUUUACCAGUUGUAAGGGCUCUCCGUCUUUAAAUGGUGAUCUGAGUGACAUGAAAUCCGUACAAGAUUUUGUUUCUGAAGCUGCAAUGUCAGUUUUUACAUUAUGCCGCAAAUAAUCUGCCCACUCCGUCUUCCUUGGCUUAACUUGAAAACUUUGUAAUAGUGAAUUUAAAUUUGCUCAAAGUAUACUGCUACAUGUGACAGUAUUUGUUCUUAUUAAUUAGUUGGCUUCUAUUUGGAAGGUUGACUAGCUCAUGUUUUGC